AUGGCUGAAAAAAUUAAACCGUCUCUUUAUACAUUACCGACAGAACUUAUCUAUCGAAUUCUUAACUAUCUUGAUGAUUUCAAUCUUUUUUGCACAAUGCGAAAUGUCUGUACACGUAUUAAUACAAUCAUGGACAGCUAUCGUCGAUACAAGACAGUCAUUACCCUUGAUAUUGGAGUCAAUCAAAUUGAUGAUCAAGCGACAUACUAUCUUGCCGAUGCUUUAAGGCAAAAUCAAACACUUAUCAAACUGAACCUCCAACUCAAUCAAAUCGGUCCACAAGGAGCAGAAUAUCUUGCUAAUAGUUUGCGACAAAAUCAAACAUUGACCAGACUAAAUCUUCAUUACAAUCAAAUUGGUGAUGAAGGAGCAAAACAUCUUGCCGAUGCUCUCCAACAAAAUAAAGUAGUAUUUCCUUUCUUCUCAGUUCGAUAUUCACUUAUUAUAUGA